CGCCAGGGUGGGUGCACCACGGGACCCCAGCUGGCCGGAGCGGCGGCGGGAGGGCUCGUUCCAUUCAGAGGACACAGUGAGGACGUGUCCCACCUGCCUGGAACUGCUGGCCAUGACCCCGCUGCUGUGACUCCAGCUCUCUGUCCAUCUUGCAUAUCCUGGGCGCCUCUUCAGCAGGAGUAGGAGCCAUCUGGGUGGUGUCUUGGUCUGCAGCCUGGUUCCCCCUGCUGUGGGGGUCCCAGCACCCCCUGUUUGCCCUUGGGGCAAGGGAGAGAGUGCACCCGAGUGAGGUCCAGCAGGUUUUGGGCUGAGCAAGUGCCGUGCCAGCAUUAUCUUGCCCACAGCAACCUGGUGAGCACAGCACGGGGGAGACAUGGCCAGUGUCAUCCUGGAGAGCAUCUUCUUGAAGCGCUCACAACAGAAGAAGAAAACAUCUCCCCUCAACUUCAAGAAGCGCUUGUUCCUGCUGACAGAGAGCAAGCUGUCCUACUACGAGUAUGACUUUGAGCGGGGGCGCCGGGGCAGUAAGAAGGGCUCCGUGGACAUUGAGAAGAUCACCUGUGUGGAGACAGUGGCACCUGAAAACAACCCUCCCCCUGAGCGACAGGUCCUGAGGAAAGGGGAGGAUUACAACAACAUGGAGCAGAUCUCAAUCAUUGAACGGUUCCCCUACCCCUUCCAGGUGGUCUAUGACGAAGGGCCCCUCUACAUCUUCUCCCCGACGGAGGAGUUGCGCAAACGCUGGAUCCAUCAGCUGAAGAGCGUGACUCGGUACAACAGCGACCUGGUCCAGAAGUACCACCCCUGCUUCUGGAUCGACGGCCAGUACCUGUGCUGCUCCCAGACAGCCAAGAAUGCCAUGGGCUGCCAGAUUCUGGAGAGCAGGAAUGGCAGUUUAAAAGUUGGGCGGUCCCAUCGCAAGACAAAGAAGCCCCUUCCCCCGACUCCUGAGGAGGACCAGAUGGUGAUGAAGCCUCUGCCUCCCGAGCCAGCCCCCAGCACAGCCGGGGAGAUGAAGAAGGUGGUGGCCCUCUACAACUACGAGCCGAUGAAUGCACAGGACCUGCAGCUGCAGAAGGGCGAGGAGUACUUCAUCCUGGAGGAGAGCCACCUGCCCUGGUGGAAAGCCCUUGACAAGAACGGGAGGGAAGGAUACAUCCCCAGCAACUACGUCACUGAAGCCAGAAAUUCCCUGGAGAUCUUUGAGUGGUACUCAAAGAAUAUCACUCGGAGCCAAGCGGAGCAGCUGCUGAAACAGGAGGGUAAGGAAGGGGGCUUCAUUGUCCGAGAUUCCACCAGCAAGACAGGGAAAUACACUGUCUCUGUCUAUGCCAAGUCCUCUGCAGACCCCCAAGGCACGAUCCGCCACUAUGUCGUCUGCUGCACCCCCCAGAAUCAGUAUUACCUGGCAGAAAAACACCUCUUCAACAGCAUCCCAGAGCUUAUCACAUACCACCAGCACAACUCUGCAGGGCUCAUAUCCAGACUGAAGUACCCCGUGUCUCAGCACAAAAAAAGUGCUCCUUCAACAGCUGGCCUUGGCUAUGGGUCAUGGGAGAUCGACCCCAAGGACCUGACCUUCCUGAAGGAACUUGGGACGGGGCAGUUUGGUGUGGUGAAGUAUGGGAAAUGGAGAGGCCAGUACAACGUUGCUAUCAAGAUGAUCAGGGAGGGUUCCAUGUCAGAGGACGAGUUUAUUGACGAAGCCAAAGUCAUGAUGAACCUGUCUCAUGAGAAGCUGGUGCAGCUUUAUGGGGUCUGCACUAAGCAGCGUCCCAUCUUCAUCAUCACUGAGUACAUGGCCAAUGGCUGCCUCCUGAACUUCCUGAGGGAAACACGGCAGCGGUUCCAGCCUGCUGAGCUGCUGGAGAUGUGCAAGGAUGUCUGUGAAGCUAUGGAGUACCUGGAAUCCAAGCAGUUCCUGCACAGAGACCUGGCUGCUCGAAACUGUUUGGUGAAUGACCAAGGAAUUGUGAAAGUGUCAGAUUUUGGUCUUUCCAGGUACGUGUUAGAUGAUGAGUACACAAGCUCCAUGGGCUCCAAAUUUCCAGUGCGGUGGUCUCCCCCUGAAGUGCUGCUGUACAGCAAGUUCAGCAGCAAGUCUGACGUCUGGUCCUUUGGCGUCCUGAUGUGGGAAGUUUACUCCCUGGGAAAGAUGCCUUAUGAGAGGUUUAACAACAGCGAGACAACUGAGCACGUCAUCCAAGGCCUGCGCCUGUACCGGCCGCAGGCGGCCUCGGAGCGGGUCUAUGCCAUCAUGUACAGCUGCUGGCGCGAGAAGCCUGAGGAGCGCCCCACCUUCACCGCGCUGCUGGGCAGCAUCCUGGACAUCGCUGACGAGGAGUGCUGACCGUGGGUACUGCCCGCUGACCCCUGCCCAGCGCUGCCACUGCCCAGCGGGACAGACCCGCACACCGGGUGGUACCACGGCACGGUUGUCACAGACACGGCAUGGGCGUGCAGGAGCCUGGGGGACCCCCACGGCCGUGCCCACAGCUCCAUCACACGCUCAGAGAUUCAUCACAUCCCCAGAGCUCCAUCGCUGCCCUGGAGCUCCAUCACACCCCUGGAGCUCCAACACAUCCCUGGAACUCCAUUGCAUCCCUGAAGCUCCAUCACAUGCUCAGAGCUCCAUCACCGCCCGGGGC